GAGAGAAACAUGGCGGCCCCCGUCAGGACAUUUGUCCUUAGAGUUCUCUCCGGUUCUACUAGAAAUAUUCAGCAUGUUUCACAGUGUCGAAGCAAAUAUUUAUGUCGUCGUGCUGCAAUCACAGCGUGUCGUGGAUAUGGCGACAGCACGGAGGGCAGAAGUACGCACUUUGGUUUCCAAACAGUCCCAGAAGAGGAAAAAGCAGAGAAAGUGUAUAAGGUGUUUGAAAGUGUGGCCAAGAAGUAUGACGUGAUGAAUGACGCCAUGAGUUUGGGGAUCCACAGGCUGUGGAAAGACACACUUCUACACAUCAUGAACCCUCAGCCAGGACUGCGGCUGCUUGACACGGCUGGUGGCACAGGUGACAUCUCCUUCCGCUUUCUGGAGUACACGCGUUCAAUGUAUGAUCGCCAGCAGCGGCUCAGAGCAAAAUCCCAGCAGACGCCAUCGUGGAAGGACAUCGCGGGUCACUAUGUGUCUGACGAAACAGGACCUCCACAGUCGCAGGCAGUGGUGUGUGACAUCAACAAAGAGAUGCUCAAAGUUGGAAAACAAAGAGCAGAGGAUGCAGGAAUCACUACAGGUCUUUCAUGGGUUGCGGGGGAUGCCGAAGAGCUGCCGUUUGACGACGAUCAGUUUGACAUGUACACAAUUGCGUUUGGCAUCAGAAACGUCACCCACAUUGAGCAAGCUUUACAAGAGGCUUUUCGGGUCCUUAAGCCAGGUGGACGUUUCAUGUGUCUAGAAUUCAGCAAAGUCACCAAUCCUCUUCUCGCAAGACUUUAUGAUGCAUACAGUUUUCAGAUGAUCCCUGUAUUGGGUGAAGUAAUCGCUGGUGACUGGAAAUCAUAUCAGUAUCUGGUGGAAAGUAUCCGAAAGUUCCCAGACCAGGAAACAUUCAAGGAAAAUGAUUGAAGAUGCUGGUUUCUUCCGCGUCCAGUAUUUUAACCUGACUGGAGGAAUCGUUGCCAUUCAUUCAGGAUUCAAGCUC